GAUCUUGUUAAUUUUCUUCAUACAGUCGACGCUCGUUAUCUCGAACUCCCAAGGGACCGAAAGAAAAGUUCGAGAUAGCGAGCGUUCGAGAUAGCGAGCGUUCGAGAUAACGAGUGUAUUUCAUGAAAAGUUCGAGAUAACGAUUUUUUUUGAAAUUUUUUGAAAUUUUCAGAAAAGGGCAAGGGUCAGUAGUUCGGUCAUAAGUAUCUGUGGGCAAGCUUUUAAAAUUAAAAUUCACCUGAAUUAGGGGUACUUGAAGGAACUGUUUGGUCAAGAAAGGGAAAUGGAUAAUAAAGAAAACAGCAUUUUGCGUACAUGUAUACUUAUUGUUGAUUACAAUUACAUACAUUAUUUUUGAUCGAAAAAGCUCAAAAUACUAGUUUGCUUCUUGUUUUUCAUUUCACUUUUAAGAAACAAAUCUUCAAAGCGAAGCAGGAGGCGUUGCAUGUCAUUUCCAUCAUCAGUGAAUAGACAAGCAUUUUGUAAGUCUCCACUGCAGUGUUUAUUUCUGAUUUUGUUGGCUUGCUCACUGGCUCAUCAAACACCUCGAUGACAUCGGCAUUUUCAUUAUGCUCCUCGUCAUUCUCAUCUGUCCUUGGUCGUACCGACUCAAGGAUUUCUUCAUCAGUCACGGGAUUUUCGAUUGUGGUCAAAUCUUGGUCAAUAUCGACAACAUCACGGGCCGAGAGAUCAGCAGGAAUAAUGGUAUCGUCAAUGGCACGCAGUUGUGUGAGAUCUUUCUCCAGUUGUUUAAAUGGAUCAUCAAUAUCAUCAGUUGCAUUCUGUUGAGCUUUCUUGGAAAUCUUUGAUUUCUUGAAGCAAUUUACGAUGGUUUCUUUCUUCACUUUGUCCCACGACGAAACAAGUAUUUGAAGAGCACGCAGAAUUGAAACUUUUGGAAGAUCUUUGCCUUUUUCUAGGUUUUGAAUCAUCAUGUUGACCAAUUUUUGGCGAUAAAGAGACUUAAGACAUCUUAUGACACCUUGGUCCAUCGGUUGUGACACAGAAGUUGUAUUUGGAGAAACAUUGCAUUGAUUUCUCGCACCCACUCUUCAAAAAGAGAGCUGUCCAUCCAACUCUUCUUCUGCGCUCUGUACCUGCAGGGUAGGGAUGUUACAUUUUUGAAGCACCUUGGUUUCUUCGAUUUACCAAUCACAAACAUUGGUAGUUUAUCUCCGACAGCAUUGGCAGCUGCAAGCCCGGUAAUUCGGACUUUGCUAUUUUUACCCCCAGAGCAUUUUUCGGAUUUGUAGUGAUACGUUUUAUUUGGCAAGCAUUGGUAGAAAAGACCGAAUUCGUCGGCAUUGUAAAUAUCUUCUAGUUUGUAGUUAGUUAAUAAUGUUGGUAAAGUGGUUUCAAACCAAGAUGCUAUCAUAUCAGGUUGAACAGAAUUGCUUUCACCAACGACCGUCUUGAACGUUACAUUGUGCCUGAAAUAGAAAAUAAAACAAAUACCGACUUGUAUAAAAGAUUUAUUGUUAACCUGUUCGUGCAUUUUUUCGAAUACAAAUGUUCGAAUUUCAAUUCGAAUGUUUUUUAAAAUUCUUGUGUGAACACCCUGUGAACAUUAUUAUUAUUACUUGUGCAUGGCAACAAGGAAAAGCAAACCAGGAGAAAAAGGAGAAGAUGGAUCUUGCAAAAAUGAUAAUUGAUCAAAAUUCAAUCAAUGUUGUAAUGAUAAAAGAAUUUGAAUUGUCUUCACAUGUUAAGGGGUUCCACGUUUAUAAAGCAUUGUGGACUCCAAAAAAUGGGGAGACUUUACAAUGCGAAGGAGAGCCUAAUAAUCCCGUUGACAAAUAUGCUGUGUGUGUCAAGAAAGAAAACAAGAUAGUUGGACAUUUACCACUUGGAAAAUCUGGAAAAUUUGCUAAAACAAUAUUUUAUUUCCUCAGAGCUGAUGAAUUAAGCUCGUGCAAAGUAACUGUGACUGGAAAACCAGGUAAUUUGGGAGAUGGUGAAGGCAUGCAAGUGCCAUGCAAUUUGACAUUUAUUGGAACGGAAAAGUGCAUCGAGAUACUCAAGAAACUUAUUUAGUAUUCUUACCUUUUUUUCCAUUUACCAAGCCAACCGUCUGAAGCUUUGAAAUCUUCUACUCCAAGCUCCUGUGCAUAGCUUUUAGCUUUCUCCUUUAGUAUUGUCCCAUCGAUUGGUAUGUUUUUGCUUCGUUGUGAAACAAACCAUUUGAACACGACAAGAUCUACUUCUGAGAAUUUACCAUCUCUGAUCUUUCUUUUCUUGCUCGAAGAUUUUUCGAGAGCAGAAAAAAGUUUUUCCUUAUUGGCUAGCCAAGUUGAUAUCGUGUUUUUAGCCACCCCAUACUUUUUAGCGAUAUCUUUAUUUGGAAUACCUUUUUCCAAUUCCUUUAAUGCUUGGCAUUUUUCUGCCAAAGUUUUUACAACGAGCUUUCUUUUCGGUGGCAUUCUGACAAAGGAAAUCACAAAAAAAACAUUGCAAAAUCUACCUGUUUUACAAUGGAAUGUCUUCUUUUUAUUGCAACAUUUUGUGACUUUAAAACAAGCAGUGCAAGGUCUUCUUUUUUCAAAAUUCCUCUUCAAGAGUUCGAGAUAACGAGCGUAAAUCAGUCCAAGGGACUGAGAAAAAAGUUCGAGAUAGUGAAAGUUCGAGAUAACGGAGGUUCGAGAUACCGAACGUUUUUUUGCCUACUAUUGCUUACAGAACUCAAGGGACCGAAGAAAAAGUUCGAGAUAGAGAAAGUUCGAGAUAACGGAGGUUCGAGAUAAUGAGCGUCGACUGUACAUGUUGUUUAUGUUUAGCUAAAAAAUUAAAUCAACUUUAC